AUGGCGUCGUCGCUGCGGGACCGGCAAGUCGCCUCUGUCCAGAAGAUUCUCAAUCUCAACCAUGAAGUGCAGUCCUCCGGCGAUGGCCAGGAGACCAGUCUUGUGUCGCAGUCCACGCCGAUUCUGAACGAGGACGGCGACCCGAUAUGGAAGGUGCUGGUGUUUGAUAACAAGGGCCGAGACGUCAUUAGCAGCGUUCUGCGAGUGAACGACCUGCGCUCCUGGGGCGUAACCAUUCAUCUAAAUAUCAACUCGCCGCGAUACCCUAUUCCCGAUGUCCCUGUUGUCUACCUCGUUGAACCGACCGCGGUGAAUGCACAACUCAUUACAUCCGAUCUCUCGCGGGGACUCUACUCUCCGGCCUAUGUCAAUUUCUUGUCUUCAGUGCCGCGCCAGCUGUUGGAGGAUUUUGCCUCGCAGAUUGCCUCGACGGGCGCGGCGGAGCACGUCGCUCAAGUGUUUGACCAGUAUUUGAACUUUAUUGUGGCCGAACCCGAUCUGUUUAGCUUGGGUCUGGGGAACGACUCGUACUGGAAGAUUAACAGUGCUCAGACUAGCGAUGAGGAUCUCGAUGAUGUGGUUGACAAAAUCGUGAGCGGGCUGUUUGAUGUCAGCGUUACUAUGGGAGCCAUUCCUAUUAUCAGAUGUCCGAAAGGGGGCGCGGCAGAAUUAAUCUCGACCAAGCUAGACCGGAAACUACGCGAUCAUAUACUAAACUCGAAAGAUAACCUGUUCUCUGGCAACAAACGGCCAGGCGUUAACGUUCCGUCGUCACGACCGGUGAUGAUUAUUGUCGACCGCAAUGUCGAUUUGGUUCCGAUGCUGUCACACGGCUGGACCUACCAAUCCCUGAUCCAGGAUGUGCUCAAGAUGCACCUCAACCGCAUUACUGUAGAGACGCCAGUGGACGAAUCGAACCCAGCCAAGGGCACGACGAAGAAGGCAUAUGACCUCAACGCGACGGAUUUCUUCUGGAAGCGAAAUGCCAACGUGCCCUUUCCGCAAGUGGCCGAAGAUAUUGAUGCAGAGCUUACGCGGUACAAGGACGACGCUAACGAGAUCACCAAGAAGACGGGAGCAUCUUCGAUCGAGGACCUCCAGAAUGACACGAAUGCAUCGGCCCACCAUCUCAAAGCGGCGAUUACGCUGCUGCCCGAGCUCCGCGAGCGCAAAGCGAUUCUCGACAUGCACAUGAACAUUGCCACAGCGCUUCUGCAGGGGAUCAAGGACCGGCAGCUGGACAACUUCUUCCAGUUGGAAGAAAACAUCAGCAAACAAAGCAAAACGCAAAUGCUGGAAUUGAUCACCGACGCAAGCAAGGGUACGGAUCCGUUGGAUAAGCUGCGGUUGUUUGUGAUUUGGUUCCUGACGACGGAAACCGAGCUGUCCCGGGCUGAGAUGACAAAAUUCGAAGAAGCCCUGCAACUGGCCGGCAACGAGGAUAUCAGCUCCAUCGCGUACGUCAAGCGAGUGCGUGAGAUCACGCGCAUGACGAUGAUGACCAGCUCGACGGGAUCGCCGCAGCAGCAAUCCUCGGACCUGUUCAAGGGCUUCUCGUCGCUUUCGAACCGACUGACGGACCGCAUCACGUCAGGCGCGCUGGGAGCCAACUUUGACUCGCUCAUUUCGGGCGUCAAGAACUUCUUGCCUGUCAACAAGGACCUGACCCUUACCAAAAUCACCGAGUCGAUCAUGGACCCUCAAUCGGCGUCGAGCUCGGCGAUUGCCAAGACAGAGAGCUACCUCUACUUUGACCCUCGCAGCGCCAAUGCGCGCGGCGCCAUGCCGACCUCGUCGUCGGCCCGGACGCAACAACCAGGCAGCACAGCCUCGUCAGCGGCGGUGGGAAUCAAUGCCAGCUUCGGGCAGCGCCGGCAGGCAUUCAACGAAGCCAUUGUGUUCACGGUGGGCGGCGGCAGCAUGGAAGAAUACGGUAAUCUGCAAGAAUGGGUUGAGCGCACCAACACCUCUGGGGGUAGUGUUGCUGGAGCUGGAGCGGGAGCUGGCGCUGGCAGUGUUGCGAGCAGCACGCCGACGGCCUUGACGGGCAGCCAUCGUAAGAGAGUCGUCUAUGGCAGCACAGAACUAAUGAACGCAUCGGACUUUUUGGCAGAUGCGUUGGCGAGGCUGGGCAAGGAGAGUUGA